AUGCCAACACAUUCACCUUCAUCUUCUAUCUGGGACACCAUAGAUUAUGCCUCUCUCAGCUCAAUAUGGAAUUGGCUACAAGCAACUUUUCUGGGACAGACUAGUGUGACUCAGCAAACAAAUGUGGGGCUACUAGAUAAUCUUGCUCCAGCUCUGCAAGUUGCCCUCGGGAUUUUCUUUCUUAUUUUCUUGGCAGUAGGACUAUAUGCCUUAUGGAAACGAAGUGUUCGGUCAAUUCAGAGUCUGUUGUUGUUUAUAAUCACACUCUACAAACUUUACCAGAAGGGCUCAGAUUUUUUGCAGGCUUUGCUGCUCAACCCAGAAGGGGUUAGUCUCCCAGUUCAAGACAAAAAUAUCCUCCUGUCCUUGGGUCUGCAAGAGAAAAUAUUGAAACAACUUCAGAUGGUGGAAAGCAAAGUGAAGAACCUGGAGGGGAUGAUCAUUUCUCAAAAACCUGCCACGAAGAGGGAUUGCUCCUCCGAGCCCUACUGCAGCUGCUCCGACUGCCAGAGUCCCUUGCCCACAUCAGGGUUUACUUCUACAUCUGAAAUCUGA